UCCACUCCCGCCACAAUGGCCUCUGGGGUGGAAGUCCUGCGCUUCCAGCUGCCUGGCCACGAGGCCGCAACGUUGCGGAACAUGAACCAGCUCCGUGCAGAGGAGCGGUUCUGCGAUGUGACCAUCGUGGCCGACAGCCUCAAAUUCCGUGGCCACAAGGUCAUCCUGGCCGCCUGCUCACCGUUCCUCCGGGACCAGUUCUUGCUGAACCCCAGUUCUGAGCUGCAGGUCUCACUGAUGCAUAGUGCGCGCAUUGUGGCGGACUUGCUCCUCUCUUGCUACACGGGUGCUCUGGAGUUCGCAGUCAGGGACAUCGUCAACUACCUGACAGCGGCCUCCUACCUGCAAAUGGAGCAUGUGGUGGAGAAAUGCCGAAACGCCCUCAGCCAGUUCAUUGAGCCCAAAAUAGGCCUUAAAGAAGAUGGGGUCAGCGAGGCUAGCCUCAUGAGCAGUGUCAGUGCCACCAAGUCCCUCCUCCCUCCAGCCAGGACCCCAAAACCAGCUCCAAAACCACCACCGCCACCUCCUCUACCCCCUCCGCUCCUGCGACCUGUGAAACUGGAGUUUCCACUGGACGAGGACCUGGAGCUGAAGGCGGAAGAGGAGGACGAGGAUGAGGACGAGGAUGUUUCCGACAUCUGCAUCGUCAAGGUGGAGUCUGCCCUCGAAGUGGCACACCGGCUCAAACCCCCUGGAGGCCUGGCAGGGGGUCUGGGCAUCGGGGCCUCUGUGAGCAGCCACCUGGGAGAGCUGGCCCAGAGUAGCAUGGCCCCCAACGCUGUCGCCCCACCACAAGGUGUGGUGAAGGCCUGCUACAGCCUGUCAGAGGACGCAGAAGGGGAAGGCCUGUUGUUGAUCCCAGGAGGCCGGGCCAGUGUGGGGGCCACCUCGGGCCUAGUGGAAGCAGCAGCGGUGGCCAUGGCUGCCCGGGGGGCGGGGGGCAGUCUGGGGGCAGGGGGCAGCCGGGGACCUCUGCCUGGGGGCUUCUCAAGUGGGAACCCCUUAAAGAACAUCAAAUGCACCAAAUGCCCGGAAGUGUUCCAGGGUGUGGAGAAGCUGGUCUUCCACAUGCGUGCACAACACUUCAUCUUUAUGUGCCCGCGCUGCGGCAAGCAGUUCAACCACAGCAGCAACCUCAACCGCCACAUGAACGUCCACCGUGGUGUCAAGUCACACUCGUGUGGCAUCUGCGGCAAGUGCUUUACUCAGAAGUCCACGCUGCACGAUCACCUCAACCUGCACUCAGGAGCCCGGCCCUACCGAUGCUCCUACUGUGACGUGCGCUUUGCCCACAAGCCUGCCAUCAGGCGGCACCUCAAGGAGCAGCAUGGCAAAACCACAGCUGAGAACGUGCUGGAAGCCGGUGUGGCCGAGAUCAAUGUCCUCAUCCGCUGAAGGGCCAAGAGGCUGGGGGGUU